UCGGGAAAAGACGAGAAGGCACAGGGGAUUGGGUUCUCGACGAUGAAAAAUUCAAGGCUUGGCGGGAUGGAGAGAUGAGAGUUUUAUGGUGUCCUGGGAUUCCUGGUGCUGGGAAGACCUUCCUUGCGUAGGUUUUCUUGCCACUAUCAAAAUCCAUCUUUACUCAUUUUUGCGCUGCCCCAGAUCAAGAAUAAUUGAUCACCUGAUCAGGCAGCGCAGAAACGAUAGUGUCGCAGCGGUCUUCAUUUACUGCAACUACAUGGAACAAGCGGUACAAACUGUUCACAGCCUUCUUGCAAGCCUUCUAAAACAGCUAGUUCAAGUAUCACAACCUGUCUUCGAUCGUGUCAAAUCACAUUACGAAACGGAUCGGAAACAAGGCGUCUCCCCAAACAUUCAUGAUGUUUUUGGCACUUUAAAGGCGGAAAUCAAGUCCUUUCCCGAAGCUUUCAUUGUUGUUGACGCUUUAGACGAGGUUACAGAAGACGACGACACUUGCUUUGAGCUUCUUCGCAAGCUUCAGUCCCUAGAAGUCAACUUACUGAUAACUUCACGUGAUCUGGACUCAAUCAGGUUGGCUCUUCCUGAUGUCGAGCAGAUGCCUAUCCAUGCACAUGAUGAUGAUAUGCGUCGGGUUAUAGAAGGCCGUAUCGAUACAAGGACAUCACUGCGCACCCUCAUAGCUAAAGACCCCUCUCUCAGAGAAGAGAUAAUCAAUGAGCUCAUAGUAACUGCAAGGGAAAUGUUUCUAUUAUGCUCUCUGUAUAUUGAGCUGCUAUCGCACAAGAUGACACCGCGAGCCAUUCGAACGGCGCUGCAAAACCUACCGAAAGAGGUUCACGGUGCUUACGAUGAAACAAUGAAACGGAUCAGGGGGCAAGGACCGGAUUGUCUAGAACUUGCG